CUUAACUUUGGAGUUUAAUGUCCAUCACGAACGUCGGAUGUUUCUGGUUAAUACCCGGCAAAUCAUGUAAAAGAAAUGUAAUUUGGCGGUGGAACUGAUUUUUUGCAUAUUGGAAGUGUGUCCCAUUCAGUUAUUGUGUAAAGGCGUCAUAAAAUUGACAUUUUGAAGAAUGGCAUCAAUCUUGGAUCAGUAUGAGCAGGAAUCUGCACGAGCAGCAUCUAGUCUGACAUCUCCUCAGAGCGUAACAGAGCCCAUUGGAGGUGCAGGGAUAAUUGAUGCUCGUCUAAGGGAAACAGAACAACCUAUCUUCAGCAAGAAAAAAGUUAACUUCAAACCUCCAGACCCAAUUGUUCACUUGACGGUGUGUAACAACUACUUGGUGAUGGCCAUGAGUAGUAAUAUCCUACUGAGACUGGAUCUUGAACGCCCUGACCAGCCAGACGAGGUGGAAGUAACAAAGGCAGUAGAGGACAGAGUACAUAAGAUAUUCCUGGAUCCUACAGGACGUCAUCUCAUAAUCAGCAUGGAGUCCACAGAGAAUUAUUAUCUCUCCAGAAACUCCAAGAAACCCAAAAAUAUUGGAAAAUUAAAAGGUCAUCAUAUUGACUCCGUGGGCUGGAAUUGGCAGAAUGCCAACGACAAUACAACAGGGGCCAUACUGCUGGGGACCAGUAAAGGGUUGAUAUUUGAGACAGAGCUGACAGCAAAUGAGGAGACAAAGUUCUUCCAGGGAAGUUUAGACCAGUAUUUAAAACAGUUGUUCAACCUGGGGAAGGAGAAGGCAGUACCUGUGACAGGUCUGGAGUUUGACAGGAUGCCAGUCAAUACAAUGACAGAGUACAAGUACUACAUACUGGCCACCACACCAGGCCGCCUGUACCAAUUUAUUGGGAACAUCUCCGCAUCUGCUGAACCUCCCAUGUUUCUGCACAUAUUCCAGCAAUAUGAACAGAUGACAGAACAGUUCCUGGAGCUGCCAGGUAACUUCGGCUACAGUGAGUUACGUCUGUACCAGCCCAAAUUCCGUGAACCAGCUCGCAGCUUUGCCUGGAUGACUGGCCCGGGAGUGUACUAUGGUACCAUUGAUGUCACAGGAGGGGCAGGACAGCACUCUGUCACUACCAACACCAAGCUGAUUGCCUACCCACGAGAGGAGAAUGAGCGAUCCAGCCCCCCUAUAGCAAUAGUCACCACAGAAUUCCAUAUCUUAAUUCUGUUUCAAGAAAGACUGAAGGCCAUCUGUUCGCUGAAUGACCAGCUGAUUUAUGAUGACCUGUAUGCUGAUAGAUUUGGCAGGCUGUUAGGUCUGUGUAAGGACCCUCUCCGGGGCACCAUCUGGGCGUACACCCCUCAGUGUGUGUUCAAGUAUAAGGUAGUCAGAGAGGCCAGGGAUGUAUGGCAGAUGUACCUGGACAAAGAGGAGUUUGAGCUGGCCAAGGAGUACUGUAAGGACAACCCUGUAUACAUGGAUAAGGUUCUGACCAGGCAGGCAGAGUAUUUCUUCAACCAUUCUGAGUAUGAAAAGAGUGCUGACGUUUGCCAUGCUCAGAACUCUUUUGAGGAGAUCACCCUCAAGUUUAUCAAACUGGAACAGAAAGAGGCCUUGAAAUCAUUCCUGCAGAGGAAGAUGGGUUCACUGAAAGCUCAGGACAAAACUCAGGUGACGAUGCUGGUAAUUUGGCUGAUAGAAAUUUACCUGAACAACAUGGUGAGCUGAGGAGCAAGGGAAGAUAUGAGUCAGAAGUAUGACGCUGUACAGGAGGAGUUCCAGCGGUUCCUCUUCCACCCUAAGAUCAAGGAAUGUGUGAGUAACAACAGGAGCACGGUGUAUGAUCUGAUAGCCAGCCAUGGGGAUAUUGAGGACAUGAUCUACUUUGCUGUCCUCAUGCAAGAUUUUGAGCGUGUAAUCAGCCACCAUCUCCAACAUGACAACUACACAGGGGCUUUGGAUGUGCUCAGGAAGCAGAGUGAUGUGGAGCUGUUUUACAAGUUCUCUCCUCUGCUGAUGCAGUACGUGCCCAAGGAAACUGUGAAUGCCUGGAUAGAGCAAGACACUAAACUGGACCCCAAGAAGUUGAUACCCGCCCUAGUUCAGUAUGACCAUGAGAAAUACAGGGAACAGGGCAACGAGGCUAUCCGGUAUUUAGAGUUCUGUAUCCAGAAGCUGAACAACAAAGAUCAGGCUAUUCACAACUACAUGUUGUCACUUUAUGCCAAGCUGCAGCCCAAACACCUGAUGAAGUACUUGUUGUCCCAGGGGCAGGAUGCUGACAGUAUUUGCUAUGACCUGAAGUAUGGCCUGAGGCUGUGUGCAGAACACAGUCAUAAAGAGGCUUGUGUUCACAUCUACUCUGUCAUGGGGCUAUACGAGGAGGCUGUCGACUUGGCUUUACAGGUGGACGUGGAAUUGGCCAAGGACCAGGCAGACAAACCUGAUGAAGAUGAUGAGGAGUUGAGGAAGAAACUCUGGUUACGGAUAGCCCGCCAUGUUGUGGAAGAAGAAAAGGAUGUUAAAAGAGCCAUGGCAUUCCUGCAUGAGUGUGAGCUCCUCAAGAUUGAGGACAUUCUUCCAUUCUUCCCAGACUUUGUCACCAUUGACCAUUUCAAGGACGCCAUCAUCCAGUCCCUACAGGAGUACAACCAGCACAUAGACACCCUGAAGGAGGAGAUGGAGGAAGCGACGCAGAGCGCUGAAGAGAUUCGCAAGGAGAUCCAGAGCUUCAGAAACAAGUAUGCGUUUGUGAGGACUCAGGACAAAUGUUCAGCCUGUAACUUCCCUUUACUGACCAGGACAUUUUACCUGUUCCCAUGCCAACACAAGUUCCAUAAUGACUGUCUUAUAGGAGAGGUGUUGCCUAACCUGACAUUGUCUAUCCGGGCUCGUGUUGAGGACUUACAGAGACAGCUUCAGGAGAAGGAUGAUCCACGCUACGCUUCACGUCUUGCCGCCACACCUGCCUCCAUGCACAGCUCCAAGGAGCAGAACAUCAAGGCUGAGCUGGAUGACAUCAUUGCCUCAGAGUGUGUGUACUGUGGAGAUUUCAUGAUCAGGAAUGUGGACAAGGAGUUUGUGGAAGGAGAUGAAUUUGAAAUGUGAUGAAGAGCUGGUUAAUGAACGUCAUCCACAGAGUGGCACAAGUGUCAAGGUCAUCCACAGAGAAAAACAUGCGAUUGGUACAAGUGGCAAGAAAUUCCAGAAAAUUGGACUCAAGUGACUCCAGCAAUUCCCAAGAUGAAUACUGUAAUUAAAACACAAACAUAAUACUAUUAUCAAAGCUUGACAGGGAUGCAGCUGUUUCAAACUUCAGACAUGUCCAGCAUUGGAUGUCACAAGUUGCAGCAUGGCAGUGUGCCACAGUCAACAGCGUACCACAGUCUGCUGUAUGGCAGUGCUGAAUAUUCAACUAGAUUUUGAUGAAAUUUGUCUAACAGGAAAUGUUUAUUUCACAUGAACCAUUCACCAACAAGAAGUGUAAUUUAUUGUGAAGAGAACUGUGCAAUAUGUUCCUAUGUAAAUAUGAGAAGACUGAAUACUAAUGUGCAUAAUGGGUCUGUAUAUGAAAGUAUGAUUGGACCACAUCCAGAUGUAACCAUAGCAACAUGAAUAUUCCUAUGUUUUGUAUACCAAUCUUUUCAGCAUGAUAGUGCAGAUUUGAUGUCAAAGUUGAGAAAUAAAAACAAUACAGAAGGAUAUAAUACAAAGCAGUGGCUGCAUAGUUUAUUUCUCAGACUAACACAGGGUUCAUAAUGGUAAAUUACUACAUAUGUCCGCAGGAAAUAUUAAAACCUUCACUGAAUAGCAAAUAUCAGCAGUACAUGUAGUAAACCCUGACACAAGGAAUUUAUCUUGCUUCUGUUCAGCACAAUUUAGCAGUCCAGCUAUAAAGCUAUCUGCGAUCACCUUGGAGUAACCUUCUAUAAAGGUGUAUACCAGUCCUUUGUCAAAUUUUUACAAUUUAAAAUGGCACUUUACCUUCAUUACCAAUUUAAAACAAAAAACUUUUCAGGAAAUCUUAGCGAUAAGAAUUCUUUUCAUGGACAUAAAUAUUAUUUAAUGCCUUGACCUUCAUAAGCAAUUUAUUGAGGCAAUUGUUCAUUUAAUCUUUAUACGAGAGAAUUUUUAUGAACAUCAAAUAGCACUUAUUGGGUUGACCUUCACAAUCAAUUUACAAAUACAUAAAUAGAAAUGUGAAGACAACAUAAUUUUCUCAAGACUUGUACAGCUCAUGAAAUGGUAGAAGAAAUAGAAACAGGUUUUGUUUCCUCAUAUAGGAAGGUCCACUGUGUUUUCUGAUUUUUUUACCCUGGGAUGUCCUGGAAAUUCAGACCUCACACAAUAUUUUUGGAGGUUAGUAAGACAACAUUAAGCCUUCUCCCUACCACAAGGAUCAUCCAUAGAGGCAUAGCCAUUUGGUGGGUCAUCCGAGUUCAGUACAAAUGCAAGUAACAUGUUUCAACUAGUAAAGUGCCAGAGGGAAAGAGCUGCUAUGGCCAAUCAGAGAAUCUGUCUUAAGUGUAUAAGGUAGACUAGAGGUCACAUAAUCAUGCAACACCAAUUUAAACACAUCACAUGAUGAAAACAUAUAUAUGUGCUGAGAGAUUUCCACUGGCAGACUAAAAUAAGCUGUGUUGAACAAGUUGUGGUACUGGACACUGUCCAAGGAUCUCCUGUAGUUACUGGACACUGUCCAGGGA